UUUUUUAUUUAAUUUUGAGGUUUGUCGUGUUCGUUUUUUCGGUUCAUGGAAAAAAUAAUGGAACGAAUGGAAAUUACUUUACAUGUGAAUUAUUUUUAAACAAAAUAAUUACAAACUUGAACUAUUUAUUUAUUUAUUUAUUUUUCGUAUGGGGUAGGGCGGUUCUUAUGUUAGGCCUAAUUACUCAGUGGCAAUGGCCUUCCUCUCCUGGCCAAUUUUUAAAAAGAAUGUAGGUGUAAACCGUUUUCCUGACCUGUCUUGAAGAGGCGGUGUGUCAAAACGCUGCUCUUUAGCAGUUGUCUCUGACACUUACCAAAAGUUCAUCUUUCAGACACUGUCUUAGUGGUGGAAAAACUCACUAUAUAGCUAUCUGUUUACAUCCUUUUUCCAACAGUAAUCCUAAUGGCUUAAAUGGUAUUCUUCCUCGGGAAAGCAAUGUACGCUUAAGUAUUACGUGUUAAGUAUUAGGUUUGUUGCACACAGAGAUAGAAAAUACCUGCUCUUAUUCUUCCUUUACGAAUUCGGAAAGUGGCAAUGCUGGUAACCAAAAACCGGAGAAAGCACCUGGGAUACUAGAAGAAAUGCCAACCGUCCCCGGUUUCCGAUUCACACUCCGACUCGCUAGACGGCGCCAGUGCACCAUCAGCGUGGUUUACACCUAAAUAAAUUCCCGGGAAGAAGAAUGGCCUUAUACCUGACGUCACUGCCGUCUAUCCAAUAAUAUCAGAGAUGUCAUACAUUUGAAUCGACUGCUAGCGGUUGGUUUAUGGAUAGCUAAAUAGAAGCUUUCAAGUUGGCUAAUAACGUUAUACAGUCUUGAGAUCCAGUUGGCGGAUUCAUUUAGUGUUUUUUCACCCUCUUCUUACUUGUGGAGACCUUUUUAAUUCACGAUGGCUGCAAGAAGAGGGUUCCAAGCUAAUGGUGAUAUCACACCUGUGAUGAGGCCAGUCGAGAGACUACCGUUGAGAAAUCUACAGAAUGAGUUGCAUGGUCAGCAACUCACCUUGUCUGCAACUAAACUGAUGUCCAGUAAACCUGCUUUGAAAAAGAAGGGUGAACCGGUCCAGGUGGAGGAGCUGCCACAUUGCUCAUCUCUCCAUGGCACGUCCAUCGGCAAGGCGCGUCUCGUGGAUACGGAGCUCACAAAGGAGAACGGCACAGUCGUGGUGGCUGUGGAUGACGAGCCGGUCCUUCAGAAGGGCUGUCCCGAUUCCCUCAGAGCUGAGGUGAUUGACAGGGAGAUGGAGCUUCAGUCCAGGACCAGCUCUAGCACAGUGCCGGUACAGUUGGAGCACACGGAGGACAUUACCGGCAGGGUGCUGACAGAACGUGCAGGGGAGGGGGCGGACACUGUUGACACACAGGACCAAUGUGCUUCGGUGGGCUGUUUGAGUGACAGCUCGACCAGCUGUGUAACUCAACCCGCCACAGCGGACUCUGCUGUCGAACACUGCACCGAUAACAGAAUUGGGGACGUGACCUUCAAAUCCUUCCUCUGUUCUGGGGUUGAGCUGGAGAUCCCCGACGCCUCUGUUAUGACAGAAGAGACCCUCCUGCUUUUGACUCAAAGUGCGGCAGACGUGUCCAGCGGCUGCUCAUUUCAGAACGAUCUCAGUGGUCUUCUGAGCUUCUCCCAGCACUUGGACCUGGAUUCCAGUAACAGGCAUGAAGACCAUGCUUACUGCUUCCCGGAAAAGGAUGACUCCUGUUCCAGGGAUGAGCUCCUUCCUGUUGGAACCUCUGUUACGGAGCCACUGGAGCUGGAAGAUCCUCCGGGUGGCCUGGACCCUACCGGCCAAGCUCUCAUGAGUUCUGAGUGUUUGGAGACCAUGCAGGACGGUAGCUCUUCACAUCUUCUCCAAGAAAACAGCAUAUGGUCAUCUUCAGCUCUGGAACACCUUACAGCUAUGCAGAGCAUUACUGCUGACCAAUCACAAGACAAGACAGAGAAGAGUGUUUCUGCUGACCAAACACAGGACACUGCAGAAAAGAGUCUUACUGCUGACCAAUCACAGGACACUGCAGAGGCGAGUCUUACUGCUGACCAAUCACAGGACACUGCAGAGCAGAGUGUUACUGCUGACCAAUCACAGAACACUGCUGAGCAAAGUGUAACUGCUGACCAAUCACAGAGCACUGCUGAGCAGAGUGUUACUGCUGACCAAUCACAGAGCACUGCUGAGCAGAGUGUUACUGCUGACCAAUCACAGGACACUGCAGAGAAGAGUGUUACUGUUGACCAAUCACAGAACACUUCAGAGAAGAGUCUUAUGGUUGACCAAUCACAGGUCACUGCAGAGAAGAGUCUUAUGGUUGACCAAUCACAGGACACUGCAGAGAAGUGCCUUAUGGUUGACCAAUCACAGGUCACUGCAGAGAAGAGUCUUAUGGUUGACCAAUUACAGGACACUGCAGAGAAGAGUCUUAUGGUUGACCAAUCACAGGACACUGCAGAGAAGAGUCUUGGUGCUGACCAAUCACAUGGCACUACAGAGAGUAUUCUUGGUGAUGACCAAUCGCUGGCCACUGCAGAGAAGAGUCUUCCAGCUAGCCAAUCACAGGACAAGGCAGAGAAGAGUCUUUCUGCUGACCAAUCACAGGACAAGGCAGCAAGGAGUCUUACUGCUGACCAAUCCCAGAACACAGCAGAGAAGAGUGUUACUGCUGACCAAUCACAGAUCGCUGUGGUUCCGACUCUUGCUGGUGACCAAUCACAGUACAUAACAGUUCAGGGUCUUGCUGCUGAGUGCAAAGAGAGUGAAACUCCCUCAGGUUUGCAGAGGGGGAUCUCUGAUGUCACCGCUGGGCAUGCUCAGCCGAGACGCCCCGAAGGCCCUUCCUGCUUUUCUCCCUCCUGCGUGGAGACAGGAAGUCCAGCGCAGGCCAGGAGCUCCCAUCUGAGGAAACCGGGCCCCGGGGGCCCCUGGGACGCUGCAGACAGCCCUGUGGGCCCCAGAGAGAGCCGGCUGUGGAUGGGGAACCUGGAGAGCCCCAUGCCUCUGCCACAGCUCAACUCCACCCUGAUACAGUCCAUACUGGGCUCUGCCAUCGCCACACCCCAGACCACAAAGUCUAAUUCAAGGGUACUGCCUCCUCCUGCUGAGGGGGGGGCUGGCCCCCAACCAGGACCCCAGCAGGCACCUGAACACCUGACAGGCACCCAAACAGGGCACCAUCAGGAGAACCUAGGGCCACAGACACCUGAACACCUGACAGGCACCCAAACGGGGCCCCAUCAGGAGAACCUGGGGCCACAGACACCUGGUCACCUGACAGGCACCAAGUUGGGCCCCCUGCAGGAGAACCUGGGGCUUCAGGCACUUGGAGACCUGGCAGGCACCAAGUUGGGCCCCCUGCAGGAGAACCUGGGGCUUCAGGCACUUGGAGACCUGGCAGGCACCAAGUUGGGCCCCCUACAGGAGAACCUGGGGCCCCAGGAGCUUGGAGACUUGGCAGGCGCUCAGUCGGGGCCCCUGCAGGAGAGACUGCGCCAGAUGGGGGAGCUGCUCCUCCGGGCCUCGCAGAACCUGGUCCCCGCGGUGGAGCGCCACAGCGCCUCCACGUGCACGAGCCCGGUACCGGUGGCCGAGCACGGCGUCAACACCUCGGGCCUCUUCGAGCGCAAGAGGGAGUUCACUGUGGCCGAGGCCAGCACCAGCACUGACAGUCUGCCCUGGAACCUGGCCCCCGAGGCCGUGGCAGGAUACUCGCGGCAGGACCUGGAGCAGCGGCUCUUCUCCAUGCUCAUCAUGGUGGAGGCUCUGUCCCAGCAGCUGGCCUCCGCCCGAGCUCACAGAGGCCACGCCCCCCCGCCCUCCGACCUCAGAGACCGACUGGUCCAGACCGACCAUACAGAGCUCAGCCAGGGCGUGGUCUUCAGAGAGCUGUAUGUGAAGGCCCAGGAGAGGAUCCGGGCCCUGGAGCUGGAGCAGGAGCAGCAGGAGCGCCUCCUGCAGGAGCUGAGGAGCAGCAGCAGUACCAUGGCUGCUUUAGGUGCAGAAACUGAGCACGCACUGUCCAGUGUGAACGAGAUGGGCAAAAUAGCCAGUGAGGACCAGGUCAGCAUCUCUGAACAGAUGCACCGUAUGAGGACCCUGUACGGAAGGUUCCGGGAGGCUCUGAGGAGGACGGAGGAGCGGAUGCGGCGCUGCACGCAGGAGAAGCUCCUCAUGGAGCAGCAGAGGGAGGAGGCGCUGAGGACCAAGGAGGCGUCCCUGGCGGUGCUGGAGCAGCUGCAGUCUCGCCACGCAGCCCAGGUAGCCGAGCUGGAGAAGAGUGUGGGCUGUCACCUGGAGCUCCUCCCCGCGCUCUCAACCACCUACCAAGAGCAGGUGUCUUUGAAUGAAGGGUAUGUGGAGUCUCUUCAGGCUGCUGAUGAGCUCUUGAAAGACACAAUAAGCGAUCAGUCCAGGAUCUAUGAGGAGCUGAGCAAAGCCCAGUUCCUGCUCCGGCGGACCGGUCCGGUUCUGCUCAAGCUGCACCAGAAGGCUGCGGCGGCCCUGCAGGCCCACGACCUGCAGACACGGGACGCAGACCGGAUGCGGGAUGAGCUGGAGCAGACCACGUCCUGCCUGCAGGACGCCCAGCAGGAGAUAGGAGACCUGAAUCUGCAGGUCACCAUCCUCACCUCAGAGAUGGCUGUGCUCAGGCAGCGGUUGAGUGAGUUGGAAGAGGACGUGCAAGGCAGGCUGAGGGCCAGAGCUCGGCACGCUGAGCUAACGGCGUCUACCUUCUGCGCAGUGCGCUCAGGCGACUGUGCUGUGUUGUGCUGUGACCCCGCUGUGCGGCUCCUCCCCAGGCUGGAGGAGGUGCAGGGGGAGUCGUCCCGGCGCUUGGAGGAGCUGGGCGGGGCCCUGGCCGAGCGGGACGUCCAGCUGGCGCAAACGCAGAGGUGCCUGCACGAGCUCCAGACGCAGCUCUCCAGCACGCGGGUCAAUGAGUUAUUCCUGCAGAUGGAGAGCGAGGUGUCGCGGGAGCAGGUGGUGCAGAGCGAGGCGCUGGUCAAGUCCCACCUGCAGGGCCUGAGGGAGAGGAACCUGGAGUGUGAGGACCUGAGGCAGGAGCUGCGUGCGCUGCGGCUGCAGCGGGACACUCUGCAGGAGGAGGUGUUCAGCACCCAGGAGAACGCGCGCAGCUUGCUGCUGGACAUGGGGAAUCAGCUGGCCCUGGCCUCCACUGACAUCAUCCUGCUGCACCACAAAGUGUACACGCUCACCUCCGCCCUCAACACCACCCUCAGCACACAGAAGCCUGACAGCUCCUAUAAGGACACGGCCCCCCCCUCACUCGCCGCCCCCCCUCGCCACUCCGCCCGGUCGUUCGUGGACUCCAUCAUGGUGGCCGCCACCACUGAAGAGGCACAGGCAUCUGAGACGGACGAAUGCCCGUCUGCAGCUCUGGGCAGUGGAAACAGCGCUUUCACUCGCAUCCCCACCACCACCCCGAAGAAAUGCGUAGAGGAAGGGAGCGAGGUGCCGCAGUUGCUGGGGGGGCUGGGAGACGCCGUGUCCCAGCUGGUGUGCACGGUGGACCGCGUGCGCGAGCUCAGGGACCGGCAGUGUGAGGAGCUGCAGCACACAGUUUCCCGCCUGCAGGGGGAGCUGGACUCUCAGGCCGCGGUAUACGGGUCGCAGGUGGCUGAUCUGAGGGGGCAGGUGGCGCAUCUCCAGGCCCAGGUGGAGAAGGAUGCCGUGGACCUGCAGCAGAAGGCCCAGGAGGAGAAAACCUUGAGGAAACUCUGCAGUGACCUGGAUGAGAGCAGAGAACUGCACCAGCAGCAGAAAUCUGAAAAUAAAGAGCUGCGCAGAGAGCUGUCCGCGCUGCGGUCUGCCCUGCAGCAGGCGCAGGUGGAGGCGCAGUUCCUGAAGGAGGAGCUGUCAGGCGGACAGUCCGCAGGACGCUUACCGGCCCUGGAGGAGAAGGUCCGCCUUCAGAAGGAGGUGGAUAAACUGAGGAAGAGUCUGAGUGAGACCGAGGACUCCAGGAGCAAACUUCUCGAAAGGGCCAAGAGACACCAACUUGUGCUUGAAGCCAACCAGAGGAGUCUGGAGAGGGAGCUGCACAUUCUGGACCAGACGCUUGAGACUGUGAAACGGACCCUGUCAUCUAUUCCAGAAGUGGUCAAGGACUGUGAGCAGCUACAAAAACUUGUCACUUACCUUGGAUAGUGUCACAUUUUAGUUUUUUCUUUAGAUAAUCAGAUAAUUUUUAUAUGUUGUGUGUCACUUAUUAUGUAACUAAAAAUAAACAGUUGUAUAUGUGGGGGGGCAUUUUAAAUAAUAAAGAUAAUUAAAUGCAGAACCUGCAAAUACCUA